AUGCCGUUGGAUAUCAUACAAGAGCGGUGCAUGAAGCAUACGAGCAAGGAGACAUUAUGGGAGCUUUCUACCCGCUAUUGCACCCCUUGCAAGGAAAAGGCGCUGAACCUAUGGCGCUUCCUGGGUCAGCCUCCCCCGUCUCUCACAAGAUCAAAUGAUUACCAUCUGCUCUUGAACCACUGUGACGGUUGGUGCGUGGCUGCUGACUUCUAUCAACUGUGCGAUCGCUGGGAGUCACUCGAGGGAAAUCCCGAUGCACAACUUGACUUUAGUGACACGCGGAAAGCGCAGGUGGCGGAAGUAGAAAACCAUGCAAACCUAUGCCGUCAAUGGGAAAAGGCCAAAGCUGCGUCAAGGGCUGAGGAAUUGAAGCGGCUCAAAAGAGACAGAUUUCAGUCUGCGCUCGAUAAACUGCGUCAACUAGGUUGGGGAGAUGAACUCGACCUUCUUGCGCCAGAAUACAAGCCAUUGACUCGACACGAACCCUUGCGCGUAGCACAUGAGCUCACUGAUCGUGUUUGGCAGAAUAUCGGCGGGGGCGUUGUGGCAAUCCUGGAGGACAUCCGAGACGAGCGAUACCGGAUGAAACACACAGAGAUUCUACAAAACCGACUAAAUGCGCUGUGCAAUGUCAUAUUCAACAAAUACUCCAAUCCCCCAAGAACAGUCGAGACCGAGUACAAGCCUCACAUGCGCGACAUCAUUACGAUGCCUGAGAUACGCGAAAUCGUCAAUUCAUCCAAUAAUGCCGCACUAGGAUCUCGGAAUGAAGAGAAGCCUUCUUUGUUCUUCAACCAUCCUUACAACCGGUAUAUGAUCUACGAGAUCGCGGCGUGGAAGGUCAGCGUUAAAGGACAGCCUUGGAAUAGUCAGCUUCUUAUUGGCCCGGGCCAACGCUUUCACGAGCGGAUCCGCACAAUCAUAAAGCUAUGUGGCCAAGAUCCAGACCGAACGACUAGGCAAGAGUUAAAGGGCCUAGAUGUCUAUAUCUCGUAUCCAGGACAAAAUGAUAAGAAGCACAUCGUCACCUUGCGUACCGCGGUGGAGGAGGAAUGGCAGCGUUGGACCUCGAAGUCCCAUGACGAAUCUGUCGAAUAUAAAGGGCGCAUCGCUACGGAGGCUGAGCUUGCAGAUGCACAGAGGGGGGGUAAAAAGGUGCUCCGGAGCAGGCGCGACUGCUUAUGGUGCUGUUCUCUGUGUACGUCUCGUGGUUUCGAUCAUUGGGGAGCUGGACGGAGGAUCGGCCUCGACAGCAUUCAAGCGCAUAUGCAAGAAAAGCAUUCUAUCAAAAAUGCAAGUGAAAAGGAGGGUGAUUUCUACGCCUACCCUGAGUGCGAGAUGCAACCGUUCUAG